UUUCAGUAACACACUUUCGAGCCUAGACAAUUGGGUUGAAAACUAGAAAAGCCAAAAAAUUAUUUCGUUCAACAGUGUCUUUACAGCUCCCUCGUUCAUACGCGUUCCUCUAAAAAUAAAAAAAAAGGUUGAGAGAAUGGCAUUUUGUGGCCACGUUUCCUCCUCUGGACAAAUAGUCCUGCGGGAUGAGAUCUUCAGCAGCAGGACUCGCGUCGCGCGCUCGUCAUCCGGAGGCUCACUAAACUCCAUGUCUUCGCCGAGCUCGCUCGCCCAGAACACCAAACGCACAUACUUCUUCAAGAACGACGGUGGAAAUCCUUCGCCCCAAUCUGAGGACAACUGGUCGCUCGGCGGACUCAAGCGAUCGGAGAUCCAGAGCAACUUGGUGCCCUCGCUGUGCCUCGGCUCCCAGGAGAGCUCUCUCAACUAUCUCAGCCACUGCAAGGGAAUGAAGGUGGAACGCCAACCAGAGGCCGCUUACCAGAACUGGUACUCGGCCAAGCAGCAGCAGUUACUAGAGAAGCAGCGGCGGGUCAAGGAGGAGCAGGAGUUCAAGCAGCAGCGGACGGAGGAGCGCAAGCAGCUGGCCAGGAUGUGCUACGAGCAGUGGCUGAAGGACAAGGCCCGCCAGGCGGCGAACUUGCAGCUGGAGAGCCACAUCCAGGACGCGGCCAUGAAGGCCAGCAUAGCUCUGCGCAAGAAUCCCCUGGAGUCACUGCGCAAGAAUCCCGUCGUGUCGUCCUCCUUAUCUGGGCUGGGAUCCGUGCCGAGCUCAUCGACGGCACCUAGACCCAUUCGCAAGGUGUCCAAGGACGAGAUCCGCAGGGUCGUAGAGGACUGGUGGCUAAAGAAGCAGCGUCAGCAGCAGGCGCAGCGCGAGGAGAAGCGACGCGCCUUGUUGUCCAAAGCCUUGAAAGAGGAACAGCGCCGGCAAAUGGCCCAGGAUGCCUGGUCGAAGUGGAUGAGCAAUGUGGACACCAAGCCCAAGCCGGUGCCCCUUAAUCAGGGUAUGGACUCACUGCGAGGCACCAUCUCUCACCUCUAUGUGAAUCCGACUCCAUGGAUGGGUCCAGUUAAACAGCCGCAGAUGUAGUCCUCUCCAUUCAGAUUUAAGAUGUCCCAGCAAAACUUUUUUGGCGACUCCAAAUGUCCGAAAAUUCGUUAGAUAUAAAAACAGUGAUGUUAAAAUAUACACCGACAGGGUUUAGAAACCAAAACGCUUUCUUCGAAUU